AUGAGCACCGAUAGCCAUGCCCCGUUGUCCAGCACUACAAGCGAUCUCAAUGUCACUCCGUCGCAUGAUCUUACUCCGGGGUUGACAGGUGACAUGCAGCCUGACUAUCGUUCCCCCCUGACCUUGCCAGUCCAGCGUGCUCAACAGCCUGAUACACCAAACGGCACUCCUGUACAGCGUGCGACAAGGCCUAUCUCUUGGUCGAUGACCACUCCGAGGGUUCGAUUGAAUCAGGAGCAGUUUCAAACCAUAAGAGACCCCUGGACCCCUGAUGAUCGGUCACUGCGACUCUACUAUGAAAAUUUCCAUAUCGCUCACCCCAUUUUGGUGCCCAGUGCGGUCUAUCAUGACCGAGAAUACCCGCGCUUCCUGCAGAUGGUGGUCAACUUUGUGGGAUCUCACUACUUGCCAUCGAGUCCUAGCCAAGAAGAAAAAGACAGAAUUUUCACAGAACUGACUUGCAACACCGACCAAUCAUCAUGUACAGUCCAAGCCUGGCUUAUCUACUCAAUUGCGAUAUAUGCCCGUGGAGAGUGGAUGGAGGCGCAGGACGCCCUCUCGCGAGGGAUAGCGAUCGCUUUGGAAAUUGGCAUGAACCGACGUGAAUUUGCGGCCAGUGUGCAGCCCGAAAGCAGCAUUGAGGCAGAAAGUCUUCGCAGAACUUGGUGGGAGUUAUAUGUGACCGACAUUCUCAUUGAAGCCCCGUCCAAAAGCAACACAUUCCAUUGCAGCACAAUGACCCCAGAGGUAGGCUUACCGUGCGAAGAAUCAAUAUACACCGGUACUGGUACCUGUGAGAUCCCGACUCCCCAAAAAGUCCUUGAUUUCAAGCGCCGCAUUUUUGCGCCCGAAGAGACCGUCUUCUCGUCUUUCAGCUAUCGCAUCGAAGCCACCGACAUUCUCUGCAGAGCCCUUGUACUGAGUAAACUGAAAGAUUAUCAUCGUGAUCAUCUGCAGGCGGUCGAGAAUGCUCUUGUGAGCUGGAUAAACCAUUUACCAGCAAAAAAGCUUGACAUUGUCGACUCCUACGGCAACAUCGACGAGAUGAUGUUUCAAGCGCACAUUACAAUCGCUUAUGCGACAAUGCUUCUCCACCUACCGCGCAGUGAUCUCCAGCAUGUUCUUUCUCAGGCCGAUGAAAAGUUCUGGCCGGUCGCCUCUCGGCAUUUGGCUUCUACACUGAAUCGCCCGGUCCACAGUAUCAAGGCCACAGAGGCUUCGAGACGAAUAUCAGAUGCAAUUUCCCUCUGUCCUAAUGUUCUCAAACACUCGCCCUUUGUGAUUCCUGCCUUGGCACUCUGCGGAAUGAUCCAAUUAGCAACAUCCGUUAAGCAUACCGAAGAGUGCUUUGACCACCACUACAACCGAGUCACCCUGAUUCUUGGAUGCCUCAAGAGUACAAAACGGAUAUGGGGCCUUGCUGAUGCCGCGUAUAACCACCUGCGUACAUCUGCAGCAGAUGCUCUGUCGGACUCAAUGGAGCGAUGGUGCACCGAGCCCCUCCGCAAAUUCUUUCCUACAGACUCAACGCCUACGACUGCGGAUCGUACAGCUACCCAGCCUCCGCGACCCAUACCUGCUGUCUCUGAAGGUCAUGAUUUGAGCUUUCCGCCAAUUUUGCCACCAUUCGUUGAUCCAACGUGCUACAAUGAUUCGUUCUUCACGACUAUUCCGGACUUUGAAAUUUGCUGA